CGCGGCGGACAUGGCGGCGGUGUGAGCUGUGUGUUCGGGGCCUGCACAGCGGGAGGAGCCGGACAUGGCGGCCCCGCGUACAGCGCGUUACUAGCGCCCUCCGGGGGGUGCAAUCUCUUCCCCUACCGACUCGCUGCGGCCUACUGAGCACCGGUCUCUGGGAGAAAUGAAUAAAAGUGACUUCAUGCUCUCGUAUAACACAACAAACAUUUCAUUCUGGACAGCAACACAAUAAUAUGUAAAAGAAGACUUAAGGUGAAGUGGGUCGUUGGCUUGGCAUAUGGACGUGAGAGCUCUGCGUUGACCUGACAACUGCUUCUUCCAUGGUCUGAAAGUAGGCGCUGAAAAAUGGAAGGUCUCUCAAAGCCUGCAAACCAUGAACCAAGGAAGCCACAAGCUCGUAACGGCCGUGGCGAGAAUAAAGGGGUGCGCGUGGUAACCAACCAGAAGCACAAACACAGAGGGGACAGUAAACCGGUCAGAGAUACGGAAGGCAGCUCUCUGAACGUAACUAGGAAGGGGAAAAAGAAUGAGCCCUGCGGAGGGGUAUUAGGAGUCUCGACACCAGCCAAGGACAGUUCAAUUAAUUGCACCACUGGGGCAAUAGACUCGGAACAGACUGUGCAGGAUCAAAAUCCAACAAGAGCUAAGAAAUUACUUUCACCUCCAUCUGGUAGCGUCAAGCAGCCAGCAGAGAUGAAGACAGAGCAAACCCUUCCAAAAUCUAAGGAACAGACUUCAUGCCAACCCAAAGAGGUUUCGGAUAAUGUCCCGGGAACAAUGAGGGGCAGCGUGCCACCGGAUAUUAGCGAGGAGCCGGCCGAGCAUGAUCAGAAGCCUUCUGUCGUACCUGGGAAUAGUAGCACGGACAGCAGCUCCAGUAUUGGGUCUGUUAAUGCACAGCUCAAGAGCGCAACCGAGGAUUCUACGCUAGCAGACCAGGAGCUAGGACUGAAACAGGCCGAAGAGAGGCUGCAGAGGGAUUACAUCUACCGUCUAGCGAAGAGAUCCCCUGACUUCCCCAGCUACCAGUACCUCUGCAGACUCUGCUCUAUUCACAUCGAGAACGUCCCCGGAGCUCACAAGCACAUAAAGGAGAAACGUCACAAAAAGAAUAUUCUGGAAAAACAAGAGGAGAAUGAGUUGCGCGGUCUCCCCCCACCGACCGCAGCGCAGAUAGCCGCUAUAGGGUUGACCCUGAUAGACACAGCCAAGGAGAAUGGGAUAUCUCAGGAGGACUUCCUGUUCCGCCAGGAAAUCGUCAUCAAGAUGGAGAAAAUUAUCCAGGUUAAAUUACCUGAAUGCUGUCUGCGCAUGUACGGAUCCUCCAUGACCAAGUUUGCAUUGAAAACAAGUGACGUUAAUAUCGAUGUUAAGUUUCCUCCUAAGCUGAGCCAACAAGAGGUUUUAAUACAAGUACUGGAGAUUUUGAAAAACUGCACUGGCUAUGCAGAAGUGGAAUCUGAUUUCCAUGCCAAGGUCCCUGUGGUGUUUUGCAAGGAUGAACAAAGUGGGUUAACCUGCAAAGUGAGUGCUGGGAAUGAUACUGCGUGCCUUACCACGGAGUUACUGGCUGCUCUCGGUAGGCUGGAGCCUGUUCUCAUCCCGCUGGUGCUGGUGUUCCGCUACUGGGCCAAGCUUUGUCACAUAGACUGCCAGAUGGAAGGUGGGAUCCCAUCGUACUGUUUUGCCUUAAUGGUGGUGUUUUUCCUACAGAAAAGACAGCCACCAAUAUUACCAGCAUAUCUGGGACCCUGGAUGGAAGGUUAUGACCCAAAGAAGUUAGAUGAAUACCACCUGAAGGGUGUUUCUGAGGAGGGGUAUGUGGACUGGGAAUACAAACCAACAAGCAGUAUCGACAACAAGAGUUCUUCAGCUGUUGAUGGCGGGGUCAGAGUGGAACAGAACCACAGGAAGACAUUGGCACCUGAAGCAGAGGCUGGGAAAGACAAGGACAAAUUAGGAAAGUGCACUUUGAUGUUCGAGCAGCCUCUUCAUGUGCCGAUUGGUCAGCUUUGGUUGGAGCUGCUCAGGUUUUACACGUUGGAGUUUGCAAUCGAGGAGAAUGUGAUUAGUGUGCGAGCACAUGAUUUGUUGAGUAGGGACAGCAAAAACUGGCCAAGAAGGAGGAUAGCCAUUGAAGAUCCCUAUGCACUAAAGAGGAACGUUGCAAGGAGUCUAAACAGCCAGAUGGUCCACGAGUACAUUCUAGAACGUUUCAGAGCAGCCUACAGAUACUUUGCCUGUCCGCAAAGCAAGGAACGGAAUAAAUCUAGAAUGGACAGUAAGAGGAGGAGGAAGCUAAACAGCCAGAAGCUUUCAAAACCCGGGGAUCAUGAGGUAAAUGGCAGUCUCCCAGAAGGGGAAGCCAGCGAUGGGAAGGAACUGGAACUAUCUGGAAGAGAGGAUGCUCUGGAAUGCAAUGGGGCAGAUUGUCCUUUUGAAAAUGAGAUUACUGGUGUAUUGCAAAGACUGCUAGUGGGUAGUGAGAAGGAAAACCAUUCUACCCCCCCUAAGGAUCAAAACGAGUUGGAGACACAAUCAGUUGAAUGCUUGACGGAUGGAGAAGACAUUGACUCUAAUGGAAAAGACCCCUCAACUGUUACAGACUUACAUGAUACUACUGAAAGAACGUGUGACGUGGCCCUUCCCCAGCCUCUGGAAAACUGCUCAGACAACUGCACUUUUGCUACCUCGUUCCAUCGCAAAGCCUUGAAGGAUGAAGGAAACCUCAGUGAGGAGGAUUUACACUAUGUCUUUGACAAGUUUAUAUUGACUUCUGGGAAGCCUCCCACCAUAGUCUGCAGCAUCUGCAAGCGUGAUGGACACUCUAAAGAUGAAUGUCCAGAAGAUUUCAAGAAGAUUGACUUAAAACCUCUGCCCCCAAUGACGCCCAGGUUCCGGGAAGUUCUGGACAGAGUGUGCAGGAGGUGCUAUGAUGAACUAUCACCAAAUGUUAUCGAACAACAAAAUCGAGAGCAGAUCCUGGUAUAUUUGGAAAGGUUUAUCCGUAAAGAGUUUAUUAGUAAUGCCAGACUUUGCUUGUUUGGUUCAUCGAAGAAUGGAUUUGGAUUCAGGGACAGUGACCUUGAUAUUUGCAUGACCCUUGAGGGCCACGAAAACGCAGAGAAACUAAACUGUAAGGAAAUAAUUGAAGGAUUGGCAAAAGUUCUAAAAAGACAUCCAGGUUUAAAAAACAUUUUGCCCAUUACCACUGCCAAAGUUCCAAUUGUGAAAUUUGAACACCGAGAGAGUGGCAUGGAAGGGGAUAUCAGUUUGUACAAUACACUGGCUCAGUACAACACAAGGAUGCUCGCUACAUACGCAGCUAUCGAUCCUCGAGUGAAAUACCUCGGAUAUGCCGUGAAAUUCUUUGCCAAGCGUUGUGACAUUGGUGAUGCCUCCAGGGGUAGUUUAUCAUCGUACGCCUACAUCCUGAUGGUCCUGUACUUUCUUCAGCAGAGAAAUCCUCCCGUCAUCCCGGUGCUGCAGGAGAUAUACGAUGGACAGGAAACUCCCCUGAGGAUGGUAGAUGGAUGGAAUGCAUUUUUCUUUGAUAACACAGAAGAACUGCGAUGCAGAUUUCCUUCUCUGGGGAAAAACAAGGAAUCUGUUGGUGAGCUCUGGCUGGGCUUCCUCCGGUUUUACACUGAAGAAUUUGACUUCAAGGAAUAUGUCAUCAGCAUUAGGCAGAAAAAGCUACUAACCACCUUUGAAAAGCAGUGGACUUCAAAAUGCAUUUCCAUUGAAGAUCCCUUUGACCUGAAUCACAACCUUGGAGCUGGAGUCUCUAGAAAGAUGACCAUUUUCAUCAUGAAGACAUUUAUUAAUGGAAGGAAGCUCUUUGGCACCUCUUUUUACCCCCAACCCAUGUAUGAAGCUGAAUACUUCUUUGAUUCGAAAGUCCUCACAGAUGGGGAGCUUGCCCCAAAUGACCGUUGCUGUCGUGUUUGUGGGAGGAUCGGCCACUACAUGAAAGACUGCCCCAAACGCAGAAGGAUCAAGAAGAAGGAGAACGAUAAGGAUGAUGAUAAGGACAUGAAAGAGGAGGAGAGGGACCCCAGAGAGAAGCGGUGCUUUACCUGCGGGGAUGUAGGUCAUGUGCGACGGGAUUGCCCUGAAAACAACUCGGUUCGGCAGAAAACCAAUAACAUACUUGCUUCUCAGCUUUUGCACAGCUUAAUCCUCCCUCAGCCAGUGCUGACCCCACUGCAACAACUGGAGAGACCAACCCGCACGCGGCAGGCGUCUGAAUCUUCGGAAUCCCAUCAUUCAUCGUAUUCUCCGCAGCCUCAGCCAUUCCAGCAAAAUUCAAUAAACCAGACGCAGGCGCAGCAGAACAAAAACGGCCAGCAGCAACCUCUACCUGUCCAUAAACCUCAUCAGGUUCCGAGGCCCACUUUUAAUUUUCCGCACUCUCCUCCCACUCACUUCUCUCCUCUGCACAAUCUGGGACUGCUUCCUUUGCACCCCCAAAUCCCCAUUCCCAAUAACUCUUGGCCGAUCCACGGCCAGAUCCUUCGAUCUUCCUCUGGGAACUCUCCUCACUCCACUGGUGUCACUUUCCCAGCCAGGUCUGGUAGCAGCAGCCCCUCCUCAACUAAUCCGAGCUCUGUAAAUCUCAAUGACCCCAGUAUCAUCUUUGCCCAGCCUGCUGCCAGACCUCUGGGGGUCCCCAACUCCAACCAUGAUGGACACUGGCACAACUCUCAGACCCCCAACUCACUGGUGAGCAAUGGGACAGUGGGGAGCACAGAUCAGGGAUUCCAAGGACCAUUCGGAAAGCCCACCCCUCCUUGGGAGCGCGGCGGUUCCCCCCACUACCCUCUGAUCCCAGGAUCGUGGCCUUACAACAUGCCUCAGAACUUUCUGCAGCAGGGGCCGGCUGGCUAUCAUUCUAAAGCUUAUUACCCACCAGCUGCCUCCUUAAUCCAGAACGGUCCACAGUUCGCCGUCUUAUCACAAGGACACCCUCAUCUAAAAUCCAAUUUCAUCCCUCAAAAAAAGUGACACCAUCGUGGCCAGUGGAACGGAAAUCCGUGUGUGCUGGAAGUCGGGAAUAUGAAUAUUUAAACUCCUUGCCGCCUGGGAAGGCUUUCGAAAUAUGCUUCAUGUAACAAGCUGGCCGGACGGAGGCCCCCUGGGAAGUAAAGACCUUUAACUUGUAUCAUUUGUACAUACGUGAGCUUUAGUUUUACUUGAAUCAUUCCUUUGAGUGAUGCUAAUUUCUUUUAUUUCAUUACCCCAUUUUAAGGGGAGCUUUGCAUUUCAUCCAGAGAAAAUGUAAAAAAAAAAAAAAAAAAAAAAUACAAUAAUAAUAAUAAUAAUCAAAAAAUCCUUAAAACUGGGAGCAUUUUAAAUAAAAUUGAGUUCUUUAUUUUCUAGUAGCUUUGUUCAUGAGUCGGCUGCUUCAAACUCUUUAUAAAUGUAUAUAUUUUAGAAAAUAAAAGAGGAUUUAAAAGAAAGGAAUGUAAUUUUUUUAAAUGUCUUUUAUUAUUUAGGUCUGAAGCAGGUGCCAAAUAUCUUUUAAGCUGAAUUCAUUUUCUUUGGUACCAAUAAAAGAUUCUUUUAUCAAA